AUGCCCAAGUCAACCGUUGACGAGCAACACAUCUUCAUGUAUCACCUCCUUAACGGAGUGAACGACAAGACCAUCAAUUGGGAUCCCGUGUGCAAGGCCACCAAUCUGAACAAGAAGGCCGCUAGCAUGAGAUGGGUUCGUCUCAAGGGAAAGAUCGAGGACGCUCUGAAGGAAAACGAGACUGAAAGCGCUGACGACAUCACCGCGAAGUCUGGCAACGGCAACGCCGAAGCCAACGCUGAAGCCGAAAAAGCGACUGGCAAGUCUAUGCCCAAGAUGGGGGUUUUCAAGCCCCGUCGUUCCAAGAACGUCAACACCGCCGAAUCUGAGAUCGCUCCCCCUGUUAAGAAGAGACGCACCACUAAGCGCAAGAGAGACGAUCAGACCGAUCACGAAGACGCCAACAAGGGUGCUUCCGAGGCGAAUGCCGAGAAGUAG